AUGUUCUAUCAUCCUAGAGAGGAUAAGGAUAUCCUCACAAGCCUCAGCAGCGAUGAAGACGAGGAAGAAGAAAAGGUAGAAGAGAAGUCUAAAGAGAAACAGCCAAACGAUGGCAAGGAGCCCAGAUCUCGCUCACCAUCUCGCGAUAGUCGACGCCAUCGUUCAAGAUCUAUAUCUUUCCACGAGCGUGAACGUCGCAACGUUCCACCACCACCAUUUUUCCCUCCUUGGUAUGCUUGGAUGGAUCCUCGAUUUGCUCCAGUACCACCUCACUAUCCCCACUCUACUCACUCCAAACGUCACCGACGAGAGAGAAGCCGUCAUUGCAGCUGUGAACGUAUGUGCAGGGAAUUUGAGAAUCUAUAG